UGUCUUUCCUCCUCUCUCUCACAUUGCUGAGCCAACCCAAGCCACCAAGAUGUGUGACUGCUUUCAUCUAGUACUUCCAAACUGGCCGGGAUCGCCAGGCAGUGCUUCGGGGAGACAACUCAGGCCAGAAGACACUGAGGCUGACGGUGAGGCCGAUGCAGAAGAUGACUCUGUCGACGAAGUGACAACUGAAAACAUACGGCCGAGACCACAAGGAUCCUCUCCUGUUUAUGAGUAUUGCAUAGAAGAUGAAUAUUUUAACAAAAAGCUUCAGCAAGAUAUAGAAAACAGACAAAGACGGGAUUCUUCUAUCAAAAUGAGUGAUUCACAGGAAUCUAUGGAGGUUACCUUGCAAACGGAAGUUGAAUCUGGUGCAAGUGGAUUUAGUGUGGCUGGUGGAGGAACCGAAGGGUUAUUUGUGAAGCAAGUGCUCAAAGAGUCCUCAGCAUCAAAGUUAUUCAGUCUGAGAGAAGGUGACCAGCUUCUAAGCGCCACGAUCUUUUUCGAUAAUAUUAAAUAUGAAGAUGCACUCAAGAUUCUGCAGUAUUCCGAGCCGUACAAAGUACAGUUCAACCUCAAAAGAAAGCUCGCCAGGAAGGAAGAUCUUGAAGCAACGCAUUUUGCAACACAAUCCAAAAAAGAAAAAGCGAGUCAGGGGAAGCAAACACUGGAAACAUCCGAAAAGACAUUCACAGAUGAAGAUAAAGCAGACUUAAUUGUAAAACAAAGAGUUGGAAGACCAAAAAGAUCCAAGAAGGACAGACUUUCCUGGCCAAAAUUCCAGUCAAUAAAAGGUAAAAAGAUCUUGGGGCAAAGGAGAUCUCGUAGCACGUCAGAUGCAUAUGAACACGCGAUUCCGGAUAUUUCCCCAACAAGCACAGACACAGAAUCACAAUUUCAGCCGGAGGAAAUUCAUGCAAAAGUUAAAAGAGGAAGUCAAAAGAAACUAAGAUUCCCCAGUAUUGGAUUCAGGAUGCACAGGACUAAAGAAGAACCAGAGGAGAGGACAAAAUACGAAGUCAAACCCCUCACGGAAUAUGAAAAUGAUACUGCCCAGGAUAUCCCAGAAAUAAUCACAGUGCAAUAUUCUACUUCACGGGCUAAAGAGAAAAAGCUGGAGGAAAUACAGGAACCCAGAAAAGAUGUUAAAGAAACAAAAUUUGAACUACCAUAUCACACAGGCAAAUACCCUGAAGUUGAAUUAACAAUUAAAAAAACAAAAGAAAAGAAAUCAAAAUCCAAAGCCAUCACAAAAAAAUCAGAAACGACAGUGAUAACAACACAGAUCACAAAACCUAUAUUGCAAACAGGUGAAAUGCAAGAUAUACAAAUAAAACAGUUAACACCACCAAAAUUACGAAAAAAGAAGCAAAAGGGAUCUACAGAAAAAAUGUACGCGAAAUUACGAAUGGACAAUGAACAAAGAGAAAAAGAUAAAAAAGACAUGGAUGGCAUCCAAGGAGUAAUGAAUAAAAAUGAAGAGGAUUCAAACGUUACGAUACCCACAAGUGAUAUAUGUAUGCCAACAGCCAAAGCAUCUUUGGAACUUAAGAGUCCGCACAUACAACUAGAGACACCAUCAACUGAUAUGUCUCUGGGUGCUGCUGAGAUUAAGAAGGAGGGCAUGAACACUACGUUUAAAAUGCCAAAAUUCCAAAUGCCAACAUUUGGAAUGGAACUGAAGGCUCCAGACCUAAAGGAUGAGGCACCAUCGGCUGAUGUCGCUCUAGGUGGAGUUGAAGCAAAGCUGGACGGCACUGACAGUAUAUUUAAGAUGCCAAAACUCCAAAUGCCCAAGUUUGGAAUGUCACUUCCCAAGGAGAAACUCGCUGCAGAGGGAGAAAUCACUUUACCUUCUGUGGAAGUGGAUAUAUCCAAACCAGAACUGAAAAGGGAAAUGAUCCUGCCCUCUGUUGGCAUCGAGACUGAUGUGAAAUUGACCGGAGCUGAAAUGAAGGCACCUAGUGUGGAGUUGGAGGUCGCUGAGAAGGGCAACAUCAAAAUGCCUGAUGUCAAAAUGCCAAGCGUCAAGGUCCCCAAGCUGAAGACUCCUCAGGUGGGAGUCUCGCUGCCAAAGGUUGAGGCAGACAUCUCUGUUCCCAAAGCAAAAGUGGAGGUUCCGGAGGCAGAGAUGUCCGUUAAGGUGCCUGAUGCAGAAGGCAGCAUCGAGGGUGGCGGGAUGAAAAUACACAUGCCAAAGUUCAAGAUGCCCAGCAUGGGUUUCUCCAAACCAGAGAUCAAAGGUCCCAAAGUUGAUGUGGACGUCAGCGCACCCAAGGUUGACAUUGGUCUUCCGGACGUCAGUGUAACCAAAUCUGAGCUCAAAGCAGGUGACAUUUCAGCAGACAUUAAGAUCUCAGCCCCCGACGUGAAGUUUCCAAAGGGGGAGGCUUCCUUGGAACUGAAGGCUCCAGACCUAAAGGUUGAGGCACCAUCGGAAGAUGUCACUCUAGGUGGCAUUGAAGGAAAGCUGGACGGCACUGACAGUAAAUUUAAGAUGCCAAAAUUCCAAAUGCCCAAGUUUGGAGUGUCACUUCCGAAGGGGAAAGCAGUUGCAGAAGGAGAUAUCACCUUACCUUCAGUGGAAGUCGAUAUUUCCAAACCAGAACUGAAAAGGGAAAUGAUCCUGCCCUCUGUUGGCAUCGAGACUGAUGUGAAAUUGAGCGGAGCUGAAAUGAAGGCACUUAGUGUGGAGUUGGAGGUCGCUGAGGAGGGCAAAAUCAAAAUGCCUGAUGUCAAAAUGCCAAGCGUCAAGGUCCCCAAGCUGAAGACUCCUCAAGUGGGAGUCUCGCUGCCAAAGGUUGAGGCAGACAUCUCUGUUCCCAAAGCAACAGUGGAAGUUCUGGAGGCAGAGAUGUCCGUUAAGGUGCCUGAUGCAGAAGGCAGCAUCGAGGGUGGCGGGAUGAAAAUACACAUGCCAAAGUUCAAGAUGCCCAGCAUGGGUUUCUCCAAACCAGAGAUCAAAGGUCCCAAAGUUGAUGUGGACGUCAGCGCACCCAAGGUUGACAUUGGUCUUCCGGACGUCAGUGUAACCAAAUCUGAGCUCAAAGCAGGUGACAUUUCAGCAGACAUUAAGAUCUCAGCCCCCGACGUGAAGUUUCCAAAGGGGGAGGCUUCCUUGGAACUGAAGGCUCCAGACCUAAAGGUUGAGGCACCAUCGGAAGAUGUCACUCUAGGUGGCAUUGAAGGAAAGCUGGACGGCACUGACAGUAAAUUUAAGAUGCCAAAAUUCCAAAUGCCCAAGUUUGGAGUGUCACUUCCGAAGGGGAAAGCAGUUGCAGAAGGAGAUAUCACCUUACCUUCAGUGGAAGUCGAUAUUUCCAAACCUGAACUGAAAGGGGAAGUGAUUCUGCCCUCUGUUGGCAUCGAGACUGAUGUGAAAUUGAGCGGAGCUGAAAUUAAGACACCUAGUAUGGAGUUGGAGGUCACUGAGAAGGGCAAAAUCAAAAUGCCUGAUGUCAAAAUGCCAAGCUUCAAGGUCCCCAAGCUGAAAACUCCUCAGGUGGGAGUCUCGCUGCCAAAGGUUGAGGCAGACAUCUCUGUUCCCAAAGCAAAAGUGGAGGUUCCGGAGGCAGAGAUCUCUGUUAAGGUGCCUGAUGCAGAAGGCAGCAUCGAGGGUGGCGGGAUGAAAAUACACAUGCCAAAGUUCAAGAUGCCCAGCAUGGGUUUCUCCAAACCAGAGAUCAAAGGACCCAAAGUCGAUGUGGAUGUCAGUGCACCCAAAGUUGACAUUGGUCUUCCGGACGUCAGUGUAACCAAGCCUGAGCUCAAAGCAGGUGACAUUUCAGCAGACAAUAAGAUCUCAGCCCCCGACGUGAAGUUUCCAAAGGGGGAGGCUUUCUUGGAACUGAAGGCUCCAGACCUAAAGCUUGAAGCACCAUCGGCAGAUGAUGCUCUAGGUGGCAUUGAAGCAAAACUGGACGGCACUGACAGUAAAUUUAAGAUGCCAAAACUCCAAAUGCCCAAGUUUGGAGUGUCACUUCCCAAAGGGAAAGCAGUUGCAGAAGGAGAAAUCACCUUACCUUCUUUGGAAGUGGAUAUCUCCGAACCAGAACUGAAAGGGGAAAUGAUCCUACCCUCUGUGGACAUCGAGACAGAUGUGAAAUUAACCGGAGCUGAAAUGAAGGCACCUAGUGUGGAGUUGGAGGUCGCUGAGAAGGGCAACAUCAAAAUGCCUGAUGUCAAAAUGCCAAGCGUCAAGGUCCCCAAGCUGAAGACUCCUCAGGUGGGAGUCUCGCUGCCAAAGGUUGAGGCAGACAUCUCUGUUCCCAAAGCAAAAGUGGAAGUUCCGGAGGCAGAGGUCUCCGUUAAGGUGCCUGAUGCAGAAGGAAGCAUCGAGGGUGGCGGGAUGAAAAUACACAUGCCAAAGUUCAAGAUGCCCAGCAUGGGUUUCUCCAAACCAGAGAUCAAAGGUCCCAAAGUUGAUGCGGACAUCAGCGCACCCCAAGUUGACAUUGCUCUUCCUGAUGUCAGUGUAACCAAACCUGAGAUCAAAGCAGGUGACAUUUCAGCAGACAUUAAGAUCUCAGCCCCCGACGUGAAGUUUCCAAAGGGGGAGGCUUCCUUGGAACUGAAGGCUCCAGACCUGAAGGUUGAGGCACCAUCAGCAGAUGUCGCUCUAGGUGAAGUUGAAGCUAAGCUGCACGGCACUGACAGUAAAUUUAAGAUGCCACAAUUCCAAAUGCCCAAAUUUGGAGUGUCACUUCCUAAGGAGAAACUCGCUGCAGAGGGAGAAAUCACCUUACCUUCUGUGGAAGUGGAUAUUUCCAAACCAGAACUGAAAGGGGAAGUGAUCCUGCCCUCUGUGGACAUCGAGACUGACGUGAAAUUGCCCAGAGCUGAAAUGAAGGCACCUAGUGUGGAGUUGGAGGUCGCUGAGAAGGGCAAAAUCAAAAUGCCUGAUGUCAAAAUGCCAAGCGUCAAGGUCCCCAAGCUGAAGACUCCUCAGGUGGGAGUCUCGCUGCCAAAGGUUGAGGCAGACAUCUCUGUUCCCAAAGCAAAAGUGGAAGUUCCGGAGGCAGAGGUCUCCGUUAAGGUGCCUGAUGCAGAAGGCAGCAUCGAGGGUGGCGGGAUGAAAAUACACAUGCCAAAGUUCAAAAUGCCCAGCAUGGGUUUCUCUAAACCAGAGAUCAAAGGUCCCAAAGUUGAUGUGGACGUCAGCGCACCCAAGGUUGACAUUGCUCUUCCUGAUGUCAGUGUAACCAAGCCUGAGCUCAAAGCAGGUGACAUUUCAGCAGACAUUAAGAUCUCAGCCCCCGACGUGAAGUUUCCAAAGGGGGAGGCUUCCUUGGAACUGAAGGCUCCAGACCUGAAGGUUGAGGCACCAUCAGCAGAUGUCGCUCUAGGUGAAGUUGAAGCUAAGCUGCACGGCACUGACAGUAAAUUUAAGAUGCCACAAUUCCAAAUGCCCAAAUUUGGAGUGUCACUUCCUAAGGAGAAACUCGCUGCAGAGGGAGAAAUCACCUUACCUUCUGUGGAAGUGGAUAUUUCCAAACCAGAACUGAAAGGGGAAGUGAUCCUGCCCUCUGUGGACAUCGAGACUGACGUGAAAUUGCCCAGAGCUGAAAUGAAGGCACCUAGUGUGGAGUUGGAGGUCGCUGAGAAGGGCAAAAUCAAAAUGCCUGAUGUCAAAAUGCCAAGCGUCAAGGUCCCCAAGCUGAAGACUCCUCAGGUGGGAGUCUCGCUGCCAAAGGUUGAGGCAGACAUCUCUGUUCCCAAAGCAAAAGUGGAAGUUCCGGAGGCAGAGGUCUCCGUUAAGGUGCCUGAUGCAGAAGGCAGCAUCGAGGGUGGCGGGAUGAAAAUACACAUGCCAAAGUUCAAAAUGCCCAGCAUGGGUUUCUCUAAACCAGAGAUCAAAGGUCCCAAAGUUGAUGUGGACGUCAGCGCACCCAAGGUUGACAUUGCUCUUCCUGAUGUCAGUGUAACCAAGCCUGAGCUCAAAGCAGGUGACAUUUCAGCAGACAUUAAGAUCUCAGCCCCCGACAUGAAGUCUCCAAAGGGGGAGGCUUCCUUGGAACUGAAGGCUCCAGACCUAAAGCUUGAGGCACCAUCGGCAGAUGUCAAUCUAGGUGGCGUUGAAGCGAAGCUGGACGGCACUGACAGUAAAUUUAAGAUGCCAAAAUUCCAAAUGCCCAAGUUUGGAGUGUCACUUCCGAAGGAGAAAGCAGUUGCAGAAGGAGAAAUGACCUUACCUUCUGUGGAAGUAGAUCUUUCCAAACCUGAACUGAAAGGGGAAGUGAUCCUGCCCUCUGUUGGGAUCGAGACUGAUGUGAAAUUGAGCGGAGCUGAAAUGAAGGCACCUAGUAUGGAGUUGGAGGUCACUGAGAAGGGCAAAAUCAAAAUGCCUGAUGUCAAAAUGCCAAGUGUCAAGGUUCCCAAAAUGAAGACUCCUCAAGUGGGAGUCUCGCUGCCAAAGGUUGAGGCAGACAUCUCUGUUCCCAAAGCAACAGUGGAAAUUCCAGAGGCAGAGGUCUCCGUUAAGGUGCCUGAUGCAGAAGGCAGCAUCGAGGGUGGCGGGAUGAAAAUACACAUGCCAAAGUUCAAGAUGCCCAGCAUGGGUUUCUCCAAACCAGAGAUCAAAGGUCCCAAAGUUGAUGUGGACGUCAGCGCACCCAAGGUUGACAUUGGUCUUCCGGACGUCAGUGUAACCAAGCCUGAGCUCAAAGCAGGUGACAUUUCAGCAGACAUUAAGAUCUCAGCCCCCGACGUGAAGCUUCCAAAGGGGGAGGCUUCCUUGGAACUGAGGGCUCCAGACCUAAAGCUUGAGGCACCAUCGGCAGAUGUCACUCUAGGUGGCAUUGAAGCAAAGCUGGACGGCACUGACAGUAAAUUUAAGAUGCCAAAACUCCAAAUGCCCAAGUUUGGAGUGUCACUACCCAAAGGGAAAGCAGUUGCAGAAGGAGAAAUGACCUUACCUUCUGUGGAAGUGGAUAUCUCCAAACCAGAACUGAAAGGGGAAGUGAUCCUGCCCUCUGUGGACAUGGAGACUGACGUGAAAUUGCCCAGAGCUGAAAUGAAGGCACCUAGUGUGGAGUUGGAGGUCACUGAGAAGGGCAAAAUCAAAAUGUCUGAUGUGAAAAUGCCAAGCGUCAAGGUUCCCAAAAUGAAGACUCCUCAAGUGGGAGUCUCGCUGCCAAAGGUUGAGGCAGACAUCUCUGUUCCCAAAGCAAAAGUGGAAGUUCCGGAGGCAGAGGUCUCCGUUAAGGUGCCUGAUGCAGAAGGAAGCAUCGAGGGUGGCGGGAUGAAAAUACACAUGCCAAAGUUCAAGAUGCCCAGCAUGGGUUUCUCCAAACCAGAGAUCAAAGGUCCCAAAGUCGAUGUGGACGUCAGCGCACCCAAGGUUGACAUUGGUCUUCCGGACGUCAGUGUAACCAAGCCUGAGCUCAAAGCAGGUGACAUAUCAGCAGACAUCAAGUUCACAGCUCCCGACAUGAAGUUUCCAAAGGGGGAGGCUUCCUUGGAACUGAAGGCUCCAGACCUAAAGGUUGAGGCACCAUCAGCAGAUGUCGCUCUAUGUGAAGUUGAAGCUAAGCUGGACGUCACAGACAGUAAAUUUAAGAUGCCCAAAUUUCAUAUGCCCAAGAUUGGAAUGUCAGUUCCUAAAGGGAAAGCAGUUGCAGAAGGAGAAAUCACCUUACCUUCUGUGAAAGUGGAUAUCUCCAAACCUGAACUAAAAGGGGAAGUGACCUUGCCCUCUGUGGGGUUUGAGACUGACGUGAAAUUGCCCAGAGCUGAAAUGGAGGCACCUAGUGUGGAGUUACACAUGCCAAAGUUCAAGAUGCCUAGCAUGGGUUUCUCCAAACCAGAAAUCAAAGGUCCCAAAGUUGAUGUGGACGUCAGCGCACCCAAGGUUGACAUUGGUCUUCCGGACGUCAGUGUAACCAAGCCUGAGCUCAAAGCAGGUGACAUUUCAGCAGACAUUAAGAUCUCAGCCCCCGACGUGAAGUUUCCAAAGGGGGAGGCUUCCUUGGAAUUGAAGGCUCCAGACCUAAAAGUUGAGGCACCAUCGACUGAUAUUGCUGUAGGUGGAGUUCAAGCUAAGCUGGAACGCACCGACAGUAAAUUUAAGAUGCCCAAAUUCCAUAUGCCCAAGUUUGGAAUGUCACAUCCCAAGGGAAAAGCUACUGCAGGGGGAGAAAUCACCUUACCUUCUGUGGAAGUGGAUAUUUCCAAACCAGAAGUGAAAGGGGAAGUGAUCCUGCCCCCUGUGGACAGCGAGACUGAUGUGAAAUUGCCCGGAGUUGAAAUCAAGGCACCUAGUGUGGAGUUGGAGGUCGCUGAGGAGGGCAAAAUCAAAAUGCCUGAUGUCAAAAUGCCAAGUGUCAAGGUCCCAAAGCUGAAAACUCCUCAGGUGGGAGUCUCAAUGCCAAAGGUUGAGGCAGACAUCUCUGUUCCCAAAGCAACAGUGGAAAUUCCAGAGGCAGAGGUCUCCGUUAAGGUGCCUGAUGCAGAAGGCAGCAUAGAGGGUGGCAGGAUGAAAAUACACAUGCCAAAGUUCAAGAUGCCCAGCAUGGGUUUCUCCAAACCAGAAAUCAAAGGUCCCAAAGUUGAUGUGGACGUCAGCGCACCCAAGGUUGACAUUGGUCUUCCGGACGUCAGUGUAACCAAGCCUGAGCUCAAAGCAGGUGACAUUUCAGCAGACAUUAAGAUCUCAGCCCCUGACGUGAAGUUUCCAAAGGGGGAGGCUUCCUUGGAACUGAAGGCUCCAGACCUAAAGGUUGAGGCACCAUCGGCGGAUGUCACUCUAGGUGGAGUUGAAGUGAAGCUGGAUGGCACUGACAGUAAAUUUAAGAUGCCAAAACUCCAAAUGCCCAAGUUUGGAAUAUCACUUCCCAAGGAGAAACUCGAUGCAGGGGGAGAAAUCACCUUACCUUCUGUGGAAGUGGAUAUCUCCAAACCUGAACUGAAAGGGGAAGUGAUGCUACCCUCUGUUGGCAUCGAGACUCAUGUGAAAUUGAGCGGAGCUGAAAUGAAGGCACCUGGUGUAGAGUUGGAGGUCGCUGAGAAGGGCAAAAUCAAAAUGCCUGAUGUGAAAAUGCCAAGCGUCAAGGUCCCCAAGUUGAAGACUCCUCAGAUGGGAGUCUCGCUGCCAAAGGUUGAGGCAGACAUCUCUGUUCCCAAAGCAAAAGUGGAAGUUCCGGAGGCAGAGAUCUCCGUUAAGGUGCCUGAUGCAGAAGGCAGCAUCGAGGGUGGCGGGAUGAAAAUACGCAUGCCAAAGUUCAAAAUGCCCAGCAUGGGUUUCUCUAAACCAGAGAUCAAAGGUCCCAAAGUUGAUGUGGACGUCAGCGCACCCAAGGUUGACAUUGGUCUUCCGGACGUCAGUGUAACCAAGCCUGAGCUCAAAGCAGGUGACAUUUCAGCAGACAUUAAGAUCUCAGCCCCUGACGUGAAGUUUCCAAAGGGGGAGGCUUCCUUGGAACUGAAGGCUCCAGACCUAAAGGUUGAGGCACUAUCAGCAGAUGUCGCUCUAGGUGAAGUUGAAGCAAAGCUGGAGGGCACAGACAGUAAAUUUAAGAUGCCAAAAUUCCAAAUGCCCAAGUUUGGAAUGUCAGUUCCCAAAGGGAAAGCAGUUGCAGAAGGAGAAAUCACCUUACCUUCUGUGGAAGUGGAUAUUUCCAAACCAGAACUGAAAGGGGAAGUGAUCCUGCCCUCUGUUGGCAUCGAGACUGAUGUGAAAAUGACCGGAGCUGAAAUGAAGGCACCUAGUGUGGAGUUGGAGGUCGCUGAGAAGGGCAAAAUCAAAAUGCCUGAUGUCAAAAUGCCAAGUGUCAAGGUCCCAAAGCUGAAAACUCCUCAAGUGGGAGUCUCGCUGCCAAAGGUUGAAGCAGACAUCUCUGUUCCCAAAGCAACAGUGGAAAUUCCAGAGGCAGAGGUCUCCGUUAAGGUGCCUGAUGCAGAAGGCAGCAUCGAGGGUGGCGGGAUGAAAAUACACAUGCCAAAGUUCAAGAUGCCCAGCAUGGGUUUCUCCAAACCAGAGAUCAAAGGUCCCAAAGUCGAUGUGGAUGUCAGUGCACCCAAGGUUGACAUUGCUCUUCCAGAUGUCAGUGUAACCAAGCCUGAGCUCAAAGCAGGUGACAUGUCAGCAGACAUAAAGUUCGCAGGUCCCGAUGUGAAGUUUCCAAAGGGGGAGGCUUCCUUGGAACUGAAGGCUCCAGACCUAAAAGUUGAGGCACCAUCGACUGAUAUUGCUGUAGGUGGAGUUCAAGCUAAACUGGAACGCACCGACAGUAAAUUUAAGAUGCCCAAAUUCCAUAUGCCCAAGUUUGGAAUGUCACAUCCCAAGGGAAAAGCUACUGCAGGGGGAGAAAUCACCUUACCUUCUGUGGAAGUGGAUAUUUCCAAACCAGAAGUGAAAGGGGAAGUGAUCCUGUCCCCUGUGGACAGCGAGACUGAUGUGAAAUUGCCCGGAGUUGAAAUCAAGGCACCUAGUGUGGAGUUGGAGGUCGCUGAGAAUGGCAAAAUCAAAAUGCCUGAUGUCAAAAUGCCAAGUGUCAGGGUCCCUAAGAUGAAGACUCCUCAGGUGGGAGUCUCAAUGCCAAAGGUUGAGGCAGACAUCUCUGUUCCCAAAGCAACAGUGGAAAUUCCAGAGGCAGAGGUCUCCGUUAAGGUGCCUGAUGCAGAAGGCAGCAUCGAGGGUGGCAGGAUGAAAAUACACAUGCCAAAGUUCAAGAUGCCCAGCAUGGGUUUCCCCAAACCAGAAAUCAAAGGUCCCAAAGUCGAUGUGGAUGUCAGCGCACCCAAGGUUGACAUUGGUCUUCCGGAUGUCAGUGUAACCAAGCCUGAGCUCAAAGCAGGUGACAUUUCAGAAGACAUCAGCCUUUCAGCAAUCAAUGUGAAAAUUCCAACCGGAGAGGCUUCCUUGGAACUGAAGGCACCAGAUGUAAAGGUUGAGGCACCACUAGUCGAUGUUGAUUUGGGAGGUGUUGAGACAAAGGUGGAAGGCAUGGACCUUAAAUAUAAAAAGCCUAAAUUCCAAAUGCCCAAGUUUGGAAUUUCAUUUCCCAAAGGUAAAGCCAGUGAAGAUGGAGUGGGCACCCUACCUUCUGUGGGAGUGGAUGUCUCCAAACCAGAACACAAAGCCGAAGUCACUCUGCCCUCUGUGAGCAUCGAGACUGAUAAGAAAUUGCAAGGAGCUGAAAUAUGGGCAUCUAGUGCAGAAUUGGAGGUCUCUGAAAAAGGAAAAAUCAAAGUGCCUGAUGUCAGGAUGCCAAGCGUCAAGGUCUCCAAAAUGAAGACUCCUCAACUGGGAGUCUCACUGCCAAAAGUCGAAGCAGACAUCUCUCUUCCCACAGCAACAAUGGAGAUUCCAGAGGCUUCCGCCUCUUUCAAUGUGCCCCAUGCAGAAAGUAGCAUUAAGGGUGGCGGGAUGAAAAUACACAUGCCAAAGUUCAAGAUGCCCAGCAUGGGUUUCUCCAAACCAGAAAUCAAAGGUCCCAAAGUUGAUGCAGACAUCAGCGCACCCCAAGUUGACAUUGCUCUUCCAGAUGUCAGUGUAACCAAGCCUGAGCUCAAAGCCGGUGACAUUUCAGCAGACAUGAGUAUCUCAUCCCCCGACGUGAAGUUUCCAAAGGGGGAGGCUUCCUUGGAACUGAAGGCUCCAGACCUAAAGGUUGAGGCACCAUCGGCAGAUGUCGCUCUAGGUGAAGUUGAAGCUAAGCUGGAGGGCAUGGACAGUAAAUUUAAGAUGCCAAAAUUCCAAAUGCCCAAGUUUGGAAUGUCACUUCCCAAAGGGAAAGCAGUUGCAGAGGGAGAAAUCACCUUACCUUCUGUGGAAGUGGAUAUUUCCAAACCAGAACUGAAAGGGGGAGUGACCUUGCGCUCUGUUCGCAUCGAGACUGAUGUGAAAAUGACCGGAGCUGAAAUGAAGGCACCUAGUGUGGAGUUCGAGGUCGCUGAGCAGGGCAAAAUCCAAAUGCCUGAUGUCAAAAUGCCAAGUGUCAAGGUACCCAAGCUGGAGACUCCUCAAGCGGGAGUCUCGAUGCCAAAGGUUGAGGCAGACAUCUCCCUUCCCAAAGCAAAAGUGGAAAUUCCAGAGGCAGAUAUCUCCGUUAAGGUGCCUGAUGCAGAAGGCAGCAUCGAGGGUGGCGGGAUGAAAAUACACAUGCCAAAGUUCAAGAUGCCCAGCAUGGGUUUCUCCAAACCAGAUAUCAAAGGUCCCAAAGUUGAUGUGGACGUCAGCGCACCCAAGGUUGACAUUGGUCUUCCGGACGUCAGUGUAACCAAGCCUGAGCUCAAAGCAGGUGACAUUUCAGCAGACAUCAAGUUCACAGCUCCCGACAUGAAGUCUCCAAAGGGGGAGGCUUCCUUGGAACUGAAGGCUCCAGACCUAAAGGUUGAGGCACCAUCGGCGGAUAUCACUCUAGGUGGAGUGGAAGCGAAGCUGGAGGGCACGGACAGAAAAUUUAAGAUGCCCAAAUUCCAUAUGCCCAAGUUUGGAAUGUCACAUCCCAAAGGGAAAGCAGUUGCAGAAGGAGAAAUGACCUUACCUUCUGUGGAAGUGGAUAUCUCCAAUCCGGAACUGAAAGGGGAAGUGAUCCUGCCCUCUGUGGACAUUGAGACUGAUGUGAAAUUGCCCGGAGCUGAAAUGAAGGCACCUAGUGUAGAGCUGGAGGUCGCUGAGAAGGGCAAAAUCAAAAUGCCUGAUGUCAAAAUGCCAAGCGUCAAGGUUCCCAAAAUGAAGACUCCUCAAGUGGGAGUCUCGAUGCCAAAGGUUGAAGCAGACAUCUCUGUUCCCAAAGCAAAAGUGGAAGUUCCGGAGGCACAGAUCUCCGUUAAGGUGCCUGAAGCAGAAGGAAGCAUCGAGAGUGGCGGCAUGAAAAUACACAUGCCAAAGUUCAAGAUGCCCAGCAUGGGUUUCUCCAAACCAGAGAUCAAAGGUCCCAAAGUUGAUGUGGACGUCAGCGCACCCAAGGUUGACAUUGGUCUUCCGGACGUCAGUGUAACCAAGCCUGAGCUCAAAGCAGGUGACAUUUCAGCAGACAUGAAGUUCUCAGCCCCCGACGUGAAGUUUCCAAAGGGGGAGGCUUCCUUGGAAUUGAAGGCUCCAGACCUAAAGGUUGAGGCACCAUCGGCAGAUGUCACUCUAGGUGAAGUUGAAGCAAAGCUGGAGGGCACUGACACUAAAUUUAAAAUGCCGAAAUUCCAUAUGCCCAAGUUUGGAAUGUCACAUCCCAAAGGGAAAGCAGUUGCAGAGGGAGAAAUCACCUUACCUUCUGUGGAAGUGGAUAUUUCCAAACCAGAACUGAAAGGGGGAGUGACCUUGCCCUCUGUGGGGUUUGAGACUGACGUGAAAUUGCCCAGAGCUGAAAUGGAGGCACCUAGUGUGGAGUUACACAUGCCAAAGUUCAAGAUGCCUAGCAUGGGUUUCUCCAAACCAGAAAUCAAAGGUCCCAAAGUCGAUGUGGAUGUCAGCGCACCCAAGGUUGACACUGCUCUUCCAGAUGUCAGUGUAAACAAGCCAGAGCUCAAAGCAGGUGACAUUUCAGAAGACAUCAGCCUUUUGGCCCCCGACGUGAAGAUUCCAAAGGGGGAGCCUUCCUUGGAACUGAGAUCUGCAGACCUACAAAUAGAGGUACCUUCUGCUAAGGUUACUCUGGAUGGUGCUGAGGCAAGGAUGGGGGGCCUGGAAAGUGAAUUUAAGAUGCCCAAACUCCAAGCUCCCAAAUUUGGAAUUUCGCUUCCCAAAGUGAAAGCUGCGGACGAGGAUAUCAGCUGUCCAUCUGUGGAUAUUUCUCUUCUGAAAUCAGAUGCUGACCCCCAAGGACCAGAUUCAGAAAGCAAAAAUAUUAAACGUGAAACCUAUGAAAAAGAAAUUGUAGAAAAAGAAAGCAAAUUCAAAAUGCCAAAAUUCAAGCUUCCAUCUUUUAGCUGGUCUCCAAAGAAAGAAGCAAGUGUUUCUACUGACAUUCAUGCAAAUUUAGAAGAUCCCUCAGUUACAGUUCCAGGAAGUGAAAUUGAAUCUGAAUUAACACUCACUAUAGAGGAAGGUGAAAUCCCCAUUGAAGAACUAGAGGGACAUAUGUCUUUUGAUAAAGACAGUGAGAAAAUCAAAAUCAGAAGGCAUCAUUUUAGCAUGCCAAAGAUAUCCCUUCCAAAAAUGAAAAGUCAUAAAGCAGAAAUAUCUGUACCACAGCUGAAUACUGAUAUGACAGUAUCUACUAUAGAGGAUGGCGGAGAGAUGUCACUACAAAUGCCAGAUACAGAUAUCAGUGCUGGUGAUCCCAGAAAAGGCAUUAAAAUGCCCAAAGUUAAACUUCCAAGCCUAGAACUUUCCAAACCAGAACUUAAAGGUCCAAGAAUGGACAUGGAUAUCAGCUUACCUGAAAGUGAUGUCAAACUUCCUAUACCUGAUGCCAGUCUUUCAGAACCAGAAUUAAAAUCACUUGAUGUUGGUGAUAUUAGUAAAACAAUGGCAGAGAUUAAAGUCCCUGUGGUGAAAGGCCUAGAAGUAGGAAUUGAAGGACCGUCCACUGAUAUCUAUGUAGAUGGAACAGACAUAAAAACCGAAGGCAUGGAUGGGAAGAUGAAAAGGCCUAAAUUCCAAAGGCCUAAGUUUGGAAUCUCAUUUUCUAAAGGAAAAACUCCAGACGCCGAGAUUAGUUUGCCAUCUGAAGGUGCAAAAGUUCCUCAGCUGAAAACGACUGCAGAUAUUGCGGAUAUUGCAGUAGAGGCUCCAACACUUGAAGGUGAAGGUGACGUAGCUGGUUCAGGAAAAACCGGUCCUGAAGGGAAAAUUAAAAUGCCCCAAAUUCCUAGAGCUGACAUGAAGAUUCCAGCAACAGACAUAAAAUUACCAUCAGUGGGUCUUUCUGUGGCACAGCCAGAGACAGAGGCUCAGGAUGUAGUUGCUGCAGCUAAAGAUGCUAAAUUUGAGGGAGAUAUAAAGGCUGGAACUAUAGAUGCAGAAGAAAAAGAAGGGCAUUUCAAAAUGCCAAAAUUCAAAUUGCCAUCAUUUAAUUGGUCACCUAAAAAGGAGGCAAGUCUUAAAACUACUGCAAAAGAACAUCUGGAAGAGCCUAAACUGACUAUCUUAUCAGAUGAUACAGAUGCAGAACUAACAGCAGUUCUGUCAGAAGAUCAAGAAGUCCACGUGGAGCUAGAUGCUGAAAUAUCUACCCAAAAAGGUCAGAUGAAAAGGCCUCAUUUUAAUAUGCCCAAAAUCUCCCUUCACAGGCCAAAGCUACCAAAAUCGCAGGUUAGCCUGCCAAAAGUGGGGGCAGAUAUUACUGAGGAAAGAGAUGGGGCUUUGGUACACAUACCUGAUAUAGAGAGCAGUUUUACCACACAGAAAGAAGAAGAAACUGAAAUACGCAUAAAAAUGCCAAAGGGCACAUCAAAAGUGGAAAUCAAAGCUCCCGAAGUAGAUACCGAUAUUAAAGUUGAUAUUAAGGAGGCCACCAUAGAUAGUUCAGUUGAACUGAAGGGUGCAGAAAUAGGAUCUGAAGGUGAAAUCAAUGUGGAUGGUGGAAGUAUGGAAACUGAUGUUACGGAGGGGACGAUUAGAAUUCUAAAACUCCAAAUGCCAAAGUUUGGAAUUUCAAUUCCAGAAGGAAAAUUGCCAGAGACUGGGGUCCCCUUACCCAAAAUGGAAACUGAAGUUUCUCACCUGCAAGCAACAACAGACUUUGAGAAGUGAAGCUCCAACCUUGGAAGUAAAAAACUAGGAGAACAUGAAGCAAAGUCUGGAGAGAUUCAUACUGAGGAGUCUCCAGGUUGGUUUAAAAUGCCAAAGUUUAGGAUGCCUUCAUUUGGCCGAUCAUCUUCAAAGGGGAAAAGAGGUGAUGCUGAAGGAGAUGGCAGUACAGGAAAAGCUCCUCUUGCUGAAGCAGAAAUAGAAGCUCCUGAAAUGGCAACCCAGUCUCCCCAUGUGGUUAGUGAAUUGUAUUCUGGACAGGACAUUUUAGAAGGGAAAGUCAUGUUUCCUGAAGAGGACAUUACAAAAGAUGGAGUUUCAAUACAGAAGGAAAAGGACUUCAGCACUGGCCUAUUGAUGGGGGAAGGCAGUUUAUCACAGUCCCCAGGAAAAGCUGGUGAUAGAAUAACUACAACAUAUGCUGAUGUAGUUAAACAUGGUGCUGAAGGACAGAUUGUACAGACACACCAAACUUCAUCCACUGCCCCUACAUCAGAAAUCAGUGUCCCAAAUGUGGAUGUUGACAUAACUGUGUCUGAGACACCUGCCACUGAAAUUACUGUGGCUGGAACAGAGAAAAAAGUUGAUGCUAUCACUACAGAGGCAAACGUCGCUGAGCAAAGUCCUGAUGCAAAGACUGAAAAGGAGAGCCAAAUAAAAUCACCCAAAAAAGAUACUCAAGGAAAAGAAAGCAUAUUCAAAAUGCCAAAGUUCAGUGUGCCUUCUUUUGGGUGGUCAACCACAAAAACCACCAAGAAAGCUGAUGAUGUUGCAUCUGACUUGCAAGAGCCUGAUGUUAGACCGCCAGAAGUUGGAAUGGAUGUUUCAGUCACCGAUGAAGACUUUGAAAUAAUAGAGUACCCAAUAGAAGGCUUUGAAAAAGAUGUGCCCGUGGAAGGAGAAGUGAAAGCAGAAGAGACAGACGGCUCAAGUAAAACAAAAUCAUCAAAAUUCAAGAUGCCAAAGUUUGGCAGUUUACGUACCAAAUCACGAAGUGCAGAAGUUGAUGCCGAUCCACCAAAGACAGAGGCUGAGGUGUCACUAGAUAAAACUGAAGGAGAGAUAUUCGGAAUCCAGCCUCAAAAAGCAGAAGAGUUUGUUGACAUGAAAAGUAGAAAACUCGACUUUGCGGGGAAACCAGGAGACACCACGGGCAAACAAGUUUUUGAAGAUUCAGAGCUAAGUUUCCAUAUUCGCAAGCUUAAAAUACCCAAGUUCACAUACAGCACAUCUGUAGCUGAAGGACAAGUGUUGACUUCAGAAGACACAACACACAUGAAAUGUGCUGCUACUGAUACGGAUGGUGAUGGUGCCCCUCAACAAGAAUUCAGAACCACAUUCCUCAGUGAGACGGUAGAAGACAUUGGUUGUAAUAUCCAGAAAUCAACAGUCAGAAUUACAACAUUGUCUGACAUCCAAAGAACACAAGUGGAAACUAAACUGCCAUCUACAGAUCCUUCUUUUGAGGAGACAACAACACUCACACAGAGGCCAGUGGAAUUCAACAUUAAGUUUCCUACAGAAAAAAUAGACACCAUGAACGGUAAAAUCCAAAAAUCAGUAGCUAAAAUUACAACACUGACGGAACCAGAUAUUCAGACAACACAACUUGAGUGUAAACUUCCAUCAACUGAGUCAUUUAUUCAAAGUUCAUCACUGCACAUUGAAGGACCAUACUUUGAAGGAAACGGAAAAAGGCUACAAGGUAAAUCUGCGUUUGACUCCUGCGAUUCUGAAAGUCAGGAAUCUUUCUCAACUCAGAUAGUGAGAGAAUCAGAGAUUCCUCCAUCAGAAGUUCAAACUGCCACCUAUGGGUUUUCUCUUUUGAAAGUGAAAAUUCAGGAAUCACUUGUGAGCUUGGAUGUGCCAGUCAAACUGUCUUCUACAGAAUAUACGAAUGAAAUGUUUGAGAGUAAAGAUCACCAACCUUCAGGUGAAAAGGAAGGAGAAACAACCAGCUUUGCUGAACUGAAAGUAUCAGACAAAGGCCAAGAACUUAUUGAAGAAGCAUCGUCCACUACUAAGCUGGCAAAGCUGAAAGCAUUUGCAGUUGAAGUACAAUCUUUUGAUGAGUUUGCAGACAGUUCGAUGAUGUCCGAAUCUGCUGUAGAAAUUACCGAAGAAACUGAAGUCGCAGGUGCUGAAGAAGAGUCUACAACAGAGCCAAAGGAAAAAUCUGAUAGUAAGAGAUCUUCUGGCAAGUUUAAAUUUUGGCUUCCAAGUAUUGGGUUUUCUUCCUCUGUUGAUGACACAGGCGCAGAUUCCAAACCUGAAGUUCAAAAACCAUUUCAAGAAGAGACACAAGUCGAUGUCCCAUCCACAUCAGACAGUGACACUGCCAAACAAACUGAAAAAGCUGGAUGGUUUAGAUUCCCUAAGUUAGGUUUUUCAUCUCCAACAAAAAAGGGUAGGGAAACUGAUAAAGUAGAAGAGACAGAUCCAAAAGAAGAAAAACCUCAGGAUGAGGAAAGCCCGACGGAAAAAUCAGAAACUUUUUUUGAUGCGCAAGAAUCCUUGCCACCUAAUGAGACAAUGGCAGAGAGUGAAGCCUCAGAGACCACAACCAUUGUUUCAUCUUCUGCGAGAACUGAAUUGAUACUGCUAGAGAAAGGGAAAGCCCCGCCCCAAAGCAUUCCUGAAGAGGCACAAAAAUAAGAUGGUUUCUUUUCCUUCAAAGUUCAAGCAUACAUAAAAAUGUGAUGCAACUCUUUUCUAGGCAGGGGAGAAUUAGGAAACUCGUUGCCUUCUUUCCAGCAAGAAAAUAAAACAUUGCAUUAAAAGGAUCGAAGAAAUGUUUUGUUUAAAAUUACAGUACUGUUUUCAAGCUCAUUGAAAUAUAGAAAAAUAGUUCCUAACAAAAACACUUGUUGCAUGGGAUCGUAAGGAAACAAAAAUAGACAAAGGAAGCUACUGACAAGAGACAUCCAUAGUUCUAGUGAAACCAACAAAGAACCUUUCUAUUAAUUUCCGCAAGUGUUCUUUCUUCAAACCUACUUAGAGGAAUAAAGACUGGACAAAAGUUUAAACAUAAUCAUUUGAGAAUCAAAUCACAGCAAUGAUUUUGUUCUAGAUUAUUUGCAGAGUAUUAGGAAGCUAGUGCUGGGAGAAUUAGGAGAUGUUUUCUUUUUUAGAUUUUAUUUUUUUAACUGUAUUUCUGCUGCUGUCUUAUGAAAAGUAUAUAUAAAUAUAUUUUCAUUAUCUUUGAGCAAUAGGCAUAUUUCAGGAUCGUUUUGAAACAUAGACCAAAUGGAAAUAAUACUGUAAAUGUUACAAAUGCUUAUUCUUCCCUUUCCAGUCACGAAGCAUCUUGCCAGUUUUCAAGACUAUCAGUUAAACUGAAGUAUCAACACCUAAAAGAAAUUGCAUAUCAGUCCUAAACAUUUUGCAGAACAGCAUAUCUAAGGGUUACUUCUGAAAUUUCUGUUUAAUGACAAAAAUCUUAGCACCAGUGUCUUAAGAUAUGUGUUAACGUGCCUUUUGAAGUUUUAUAUAUGUAUAAUAUCAGGACUAGCCAACAUCUGGUCACCUGGGUGAAAAGUAGCUGUAAGAAAAAUGUUGCUUGCCUUCAUGCUCGUCCUGUGGCAAGUUGGGUAAAUGUAUUUGCCACUGUACAGAAGAAGCAGUUUCAGCUAUGUCCCUGCAAAGAUAUUUUUUUUCCAAACCUUUGCACUGGGGUGUCAAAAGUUGAACCCGGUACAUGUUGCACACAGCCAGCUUCCUACCAACUGGAGGCCAACACACACACAAAAUUCCUGUGUAACUGUGUAACUGAUUGCGUGAGCAGAUCAUGUGUUUUAUGGUGGAUAGAGGAUGAAUACAAAGGACUGCUCACCUUACUAUUUGAAAACCUGCCACGGUGCAUACUUAAUUGGUGUCUGUUUUGUCCUGACCCACGCUUCCUCACAUUUCUAACCAGGUAGAGAAACGAGGCAGAAUUCCUCGUGCAAUUUUGCAAGACAAAACAAGCUUCUCCUGCUGUUCUUCCCUCAUUAUUGUGUGAUGGAGGAGAGCCAGCUCAAGACUUGCUACCUGAGGUGAAAGACAAGAUGCCCCCCCUUCUCCUAUUCCUGCUGACUGAACUUUACUUCAACACUGUCAGCAGGCAGAACAGUGCACCUGAGGGCAGCGGGCUCACCUAGGGGGGGACACAGGGCAAUAUUGUGGCACACACAGCUCUGUCCUCCAGCACCUUGCUGCUUGUCUCCACCACCUAGUAUCUGCCUGAGGCAAUCUCUCCACUCUGCCUAAUGGCAGAGCCAACCUUAGGGACCUUCCUGUACACAUUUAGGCUGCCCGUGUGAUUUAGAGCACCGGAUUCGCCAGUGUUCUAAAUUGUGCAAGGAAUGCAGAAGGAUCCUGGUGCUGAAGUAUUUUUCUAAACGUGGAGGACAAUGGUGCCAGUUGCUUUGUUGUUGUUUAGUCCUAGAAUCAUAGAAUCAUAGAAUCAUAGAAUCAUAGAGUUGGAAGAGACCACAAGGGCCAUCCAGUCCAACCCCCUGCCAAGCAGGAAACACCAUCAAAGCAUUCUUGACAUAUGCCUGUCAAGCCUCUGCUUAAAGACCUCCAAAGAAGGAGACUCCACCACACUCCUUGGCAGCAAAUUCCACUGCCGAACAGCUCUUACUGUCCGACUCUUCGUGACCCCAUGGACCAGAGCACGCCAGGCACUCCUGUCUUGCACUGCCUCUUGCAGUUUGGUCAAACUCAUGUUGGUAGCUUCAAGAACACUGUCCAACCAUCUCAUCCUCUGUCGUCCCCUUCUCUCUUUCCCAACAUCAGGGUCUUUUCCAGGGAGUCUUCUCUUCUCAUGAGGUGGCCAAAGUAUUGAAGAGGGCUUUAGUUGAUGUAAAAAUGCCUACAUCAUAAGUUAUGACUUGUCAACCGUAAUCUGUAUUCAUUUGUUGACACUCAUUCACCCCAGUGUGACUCGUUCACCCCAGUGUUGUUUUGUACCCUUCUGCUGAGCACUAAAGAGAAACUCCCCCACAGGCCAGGUACAGAUAUGUAGCCACAUGAUCACGAGUAGUCACUCUCCGUCCAAAGAAAUGUGUUGGGCAGACCAAAGCUGUCACAUUCAUUAAUCCAUCUAACCAUUCAAAAGCGGUAUUCGUUGACUUCAAUCUUAAGACAAGGGUCAUAAGAUCCAACUGUCUUGAUAAAGAGGACCUUCUGACCACAACAGUACCCCUACAGAAUGGGGGCUGAAGUGGGUUAAGUUUGUGUACUUCAGUGUGACUGGAUUGUAAACUGGCGUUCAAGUGACUUCAGAAACAAAACUUACUAGUCAGGAGUUUAGUGCUUGGAUAAGAGAUGGAAGGGAGUAUAUGUAAGUGGCUUUGACUUUCCUAAGGAUAUAGGUUGUAAAUAAUUAUUGUUUGCCUUUUGGAUUAUAUGAAUGCUUGCUACACGUAUGCAGCCAACAAGAUGGUACACACAUGCCUGUGAAACAUUGUGCUUAUGUACGGCAAUAAUGUUGAUUGUAUCCUGGCUAUGCUCCUCCUGAUACAGAAAUAAAAGUACAAGUACCAUUA